AUGAUUUAGUUUGUGUUGUCAAAUGUCAAUUUCUUUGAAUUUUGUUUGAAUUGUUUAAAAAUUUGAAUUCCAGAUACUGUUUAUCGAAAAUCAUUAAUUAAGUUAUUAAAGUUAAAGUAGGCACAGAGAAAAAACCCUUCUACCAAUAAAUUAAAUAAUGGACGAUAAAAGUACACUCUUGGAGCCUUCCUUAGAAAAGCAGCUCAAAGGCCAUCGGAAUGGAAUCACGGCAUUGUUUUAUAGUCCUAACGAACAACAAAUUGCUUCUAGUUCUUUGGAUAAUACUGUUUUAUUAUGGGAUCCUCGAGGUACAAUGAGAAGCUAUAGAUUUCAAGGUCACGAAGAAGCCGUCAUGGACGUAACAUUCUCCCCAUCUGGAAAAUAUAUGGCAACUGCUUCUAGGGAUAAAACUGUUAGGGUUUGGGUUCCUACAGUCACUGGAAGCACAGGCAUGUUCAAAGCUCAUUCACAGACUGUGCGAUCUGUCCAGUUUAGUCCUGAUGGAUCUAAAAUAAUCACAGCAUCAGAUGAUAAAAUUGUGAAAAUGUGGUCUAGUAGCAACCACAAGUUUAUAUCUUCAUUUGUUGGACACACCAACUGGGUGAGGAGUGCCCGCAUGUCCAGUGAUGGGUCAGUGAUAGCAUCCUGUUCUGAUGAUAAGACUGCCAAGCUGUGGAAUCCAAACUCAGGAGAAUGUAUCCAUACAUACAAAGAACAGAAAGGUCAUGGUUUGUGCUUAGCGUGGCACCCCUCUGGUUGCUAUAUAGCUGUUGGCACAUCUAAUGGAAAUGUCAAGCUCUAUGACACUAGAACACACACUUUAGUACAGUAUUACAGUAUUCAUAAUGAUGCAGUGACACAAGUGGCUUUUCAUCCCAGUGGCAGUUAUGUAUUGACUGCAAGCAGAGAUGGCAAAAUGAAGAUAUUGGACCUACUUGAAGGGCAUCCACUAUUCACGCUAAGUGGACACAGUGGUGCUGUAAAUGCAGUCACCUUUUCACCCAGUGGUGAUGCUUUUGCAUCAGCCGGUGAUGAUAAACUGGAUGUAAGAGCCUGGUAUCUGUGCUAUCACAGCUCCAAAUAUCCAGUAACUACAUUUGUCUACUUGGAUGACAUAGCUGAUACUGGGAGUUUUCAAGAACCAGCAGCCAAUAGUACUGUCAUCAGUCACAAGUCUGAUGAACAGAUUGGCUUUAAUAAGUCCUCACCAAGGGUUGAUUUGUCAUCUGUUUCUGAACAUGAGUCUGGACAAAGCUCCUACAGUGUGGGUCAUAUCAGUCACAUCCCUCGCCCCCCGCCCAGUCGAACCACAUACACCAUACCCUCGAUCAUAGAUAAAUCUAUUGGCACUGACACAGUCAUACAGAAAGAAGAGGAAGAUUUAUUUGGAAUGAUAAAGUUGAAAGAAAAUGAUGUGUGUUACACAAGUGGUACCAUUGAAUGGGUGGGUAAAAAAAGAAGUUUUCCUAUAAACAGUGGAUUUAAAUUACUUGGUGACAGUAGACUGGGCAAUGAGCCACUUUUAAAAAAACACAAGAGUAUGAAUAAGACUUUCACAUGUGGGGUAAGCAGUAAGGUCAAGGAAUGUGAUUGUGCUGAUAUUCUGCCCACUGUUAAUGCUAUUGUUGAUCAUUUGAAUGCCUUGCAUGAAGCAGUGGACCUUGUGGACUUGAGAAUCAAUACACUUGAGGAUGCACUGAGCAAAGAUAAAACAAUUGAUUAAAAUUAUGAUGACUCAGUGACUUCUCUGUGUUAUUUUAUUAUAAUGAAUAAAAGAUUUAUUUUAAAAAUAUUAAAAUUUAUUAAUCAUAAAAAUAUUGUUACAUACAAGUCAUUUUUUACAUGCUGAAGUUUUUUCAAAAACUCAAGACAUUCAAAUUGUAGGUCAUAAUAAGCAGUAGCAAAGUAUCUUCCUUAAAAAUUAUUGAUUAAAAAAAUGACUUCACAAAAUUAUACAAAUUUCUAAAACAAGUAUAUAAAUGUAAAUUUUGUUUGUGAAUAACUUAUGUAAAUAUUGUUACUUAUCAUCACAUUUAUAUUUUAUAUACAAUUCAACCUUAAUUAUUGUGUGCCCACAUAAGUUGUUUUCUUGCCUGUUUUUUUGAUAACUUCUAAAAGCUGGUCACUGCUGAGAGACGAUGUUACGACCACCUUUUGUUCAGGUAAACUAAUCGCGACAUUGUCCACUCCUUGGCCUUUUAAUCUGUUGAGAACUCUUUCUACUGCCCCGCUGCAACCCUCGCAAGUCA